AUAAUUAAUGGUUCUGGUUAGUGAUUACCCGCGCGUACAUCCACAUCCUCAACGCAACGUAACUAACUCUUCAACAGACACUCUUUCUUCUCCCUCUCUCUUCAUCUUCCUCUGUUUCUUUCUUCAGUGAUCGAUGAACGAGAUGCUUGAGCUGAAACGACGACAUUUCACAAUCUUCAAUUAGAAGUUAAUUUCCGUUGCGAAAAUGGGAUUCAUCAGCGGCAUGAUCGUCGGUGUCGCCGUCGGAAUCGGAUUGAUCGUCGCUUACGCUCGUCACGAGAGUUUCCGAUCCAAGCGUCGUUCCGAUUUGGCUAAGACAAUUGCAAGGUUUGCGAGGAUGACGGUGGAAGAUUCCAGAAAGCUUCUUCUUCCUAAGUUCUAUCCGUCAUGGGUGGUUUUCACUCGGAGACAGAAGUUAAAUUGGCUUAAUAGCCAAUUAAGCAAGCUGUGGCCAUAUAUUAAUGAGGCGGCGUCGGAGUUGAUUAGAAGCAAUGUUGAACCCAUUCUUGAACAAUAUAAGCCAAUUGUUUUGUCAUCUCUCACCUUCUCCAAGUUGACCCUUGGCACUGUGGCUCCACAAUUUACAGGAAUUGAAAUUGUCGAUGAGGAUAGUGGGCCUAAUGGAGUGACCAUGGAGCUAGAGAUGCAGUGGGAUGGUAACCCGAAUAUAGUUCUUGACAUCAAAACCAAAGUUGGUGUUGUAAUUCCUGUGCAGGUAAAAAAUAUUGGAUUCACUGGGGUUUUCAGGUUGAUCUUCAAACCGCUUGUAAAUGAGUUUCCUGGUUUUGGAGCUGUGUGUUUUUCCUUGAGAGAAAAGAGAGAUCUGGAUUUUACUCUCAAAGUGGUUGGUGGUGACAUAUCAGCUAUACCGGGGAUAUCUGAUGCCAUAGAGGAAACAAUUCGAGAUGCCAUUGAAGACUCUAUAACUUGGCCAGUACGCAAAAUUAUACCAAUUAUACCUGGGGACUACAGCAACCUAGAAUUGAAACCGGUUGGAACAUUGGAAGUAAAACUAGUGCAAGCAAAAAACUUAACAAAUAAAGAUCUGAUUGGGAAAUCCGAUCCUUAUGCUACCGUAUUUGUACGCCCUCUUCGUGAGAGAACAAAAACCAGUAAAACAAUCAACAACCAGCUGAAUCCAAUAUGGAAUGAGCACUUCGAUUUCAUUGUCGAAGAUGCAUCAACCCAGCACUUGACCAUAAGAAUUUUUGAUGAUGAAGGAGUUCAAGCAUCUGAGCUUCUUGGCUGUGCCCAAAUUCCGCUGAAGGAACUCGAACCUGGUAAAGUAAAGGAUGUAUGGUUGAAAUUGGUGAAGGAUCUGGAAAUCCAUAGAGAUAACAAAUACAGGGGUGAGGUGCAGUUGGAGCUCUUGUACUGCCCAUUUGGGGUUGAUACCAACUUUAAGAACCCUUUUGACCCUGAGUACUCAUUAACCACGUUCGAGAAGACCCUUAAGAGUGGAGUAGUUGACGCAGAGGAUGAGGAUCUUACAAAAGCAUCACCAUCACGGAGGAGAAGCAACGUGAUUGUAAGAGGUGUUCUAUCUGUAACAGUGAUUUCAGCUGAAGACUUGCCAGUAGUGGACUUCAUGGGCAAAGCUGAUCCAUUUGUCGUCCUAAUGUUGAAAAAAUCAGAAAAGAAACUGAAGAGCAGGGUUGUAAAUGAAUCCCUAAACCCAGUAUGGAAUCAAACAUUUGACUUUGUUGUGGAGGAUGGCUUGCACGAAAUGUUAAUUAUUGAAGUCUGGGAUCAUGAUACGUUUGGCAAGGAAAAAAUGGGAAGAGUGAUCAUGACACUGACUAAGGUCAUCUUAGAAGGGGAAUACGAUGAAACUUUUCCUCUAGAUGCAGCUAAAUCCGGGAAGAUCACUUUGCAUCUGAGGUGGACUCCCCAGCAUAAGUACCGGGAUCCUUAGUAGACUUUCUAGUUUCUACACGUUUGUUGUAAUUUAUUUUCUUAAAAAAGUGGUUUUUUUUAGAAAUGAUUUUUCAUAAAUACAAACACAAAAUUUGCUGGUUGUGCAAUACAACACAGUUGUCAUGAGGGAAUCAGAAUCUGUAGUCCAAUUUC